AUGGCGGCAGUUGGUAUCGAAAGUGCGCCAGGUUUACAACAGCUUUUCAAAGACAUUUCUCCAAAAUUUAAAGCUGUAGAAUCAGAAAGCAUCGUAAAAACUUUAAAAGAGAAUUAUGGAGGGAAAUUUGAUCUGCUGGAUAGUCACGAUCUGAUGAAAUGUUUUCAACUUCUUGAAAAGCAUGGCUAUGUGUCUAACAACAAACUUAACCUAAUCGAAGACUUCGUUGCUACAAAAUCUGACGCGGAGAAGCUCAUUAAGAAAGAUAUAGAUCGUUUCAAGGCCUCACGUUUGGAUAAAGGUGAUCCAGAGAAGGAGUUACAAGGACGGAGUGAAGAAAUCAAGAUAAUUAACAAAAAACUGGAAUCGAAAGAUACCGGAGUACUAAACUUGUUUGGAUCGUCUGGUGUAGGAAAGACAAAGCUUGCCACUGAAGUUUGCUCACAGUGGCGAGGGAAUUAUCGUGUUUUUGAUUUACGAGAAGCAAAGGAUAUGAAAGCGAUCUAUUACAACAUGCUGCAUUCUCUCGAACUAGUAAUCCCAGUUGGUCGUGUUGAUCAAAAUUAUGUUGUUACCAAAGUUCUAGAGAAGGUUGAAGAGUUUAAAGGUGAGAAAGAUGCCGUUCUAUUUAUGCUGGACAAUGUAGACCUCUUUACCGCAGGAAAAGGUAAAGAAGGGAAAAACUUGAAAACGGCUUUUAUGGAAUUUUUGGCAAAGCUCUCAGAAAGCAAAGGAGAACAAUCUCCUUUAAAGCUGCUUCUUACCUCUAAGACUGAGUUAAGAGGUCCCAAAAGGAUGGAUGAUUUUGAAGUGGGUUCGCUAGAGAGGAUUUCUUCAGAGCAACUAAUUUUUCCUAAGGGAAUGACUAAUGUUAAACGAGAGCAGAAGGAUAAUUUAAUGAGCAUCACUAAAGGAUUCCCUCUAUUUCUAAAAGGACUAGGAGCUAUUAUGCGACAAGAACGAAAAUCUCCAGAAGAACUUAUUGCAGAAAUUGUGCAUGCUCUAAAAAAAAUGAAAGUGGAGCUGGAUGUGAGUGGAAAGCUUGCUGGUUUUGAUGAAGAAGGAGUGGAUAUCAAUCAGAUGUCAGCAGUCAGUUUAAUGUUUGAGACACUUUCCACAGAAAGGUUAAAGUUAUCUGCAGUAGUGGUUUCCUUGUUUCAUGGGCCUUUCUCUGUGGCAACAGCUGCCAAAGUUCUUGAUGUUGACCCCUCAGAGGCCACUGUUCAACUAGAGGGUCUUGUAGCCAGCCAAAUAAUUUCUGUUGUUGAUGAAGAAGCAAAAGAAAGGAAGUAUGACAUUCACCCUCUCUUAUGGAAGUAUGCUGACAGUAUCAAGAAUCAUGAAGAUUUUCUUGCUCCUUACAUGGAGGCAAAGGCACGCUUUUAUGAACUUUUUAUGUCCAGGAUGGAGGAAAUUGCCAAACUGAUUGAGCCACAAUAUGUUAGAGCAUUCCAUUUGUUUGAGAAAGACAGAGGAAACUAUGAGUUUACUGUUGAGAUCUCCUUACAACCAGAGUAUUUCAUUGUUCGAGGUGAAUUCCAUGAGAUUGCUUUGAUUGCAUCUCUUUUCACUGCAAUGCUGAAUCAUAAAAAAAUAAUCAAGGUGUUUCAUUCCUGGGCUGAGAUGUGUGAAGAUGAUGGAAAAACAGGUGAGGGGCAGUGAAACUUUUCAUGUGAUAUCGAUAUUGUCCAAAUCUCAUAUUUAGCUUAACCUCAUUGUCUGGGGAGACAUGGAAGAUGUUUCUUUGAAACAGCUUACAUGUAGUUUUAACUUAUUGCAAUAGUUACCUUAUUUUAUUAUAUGGCAAGAUAGUCCUGAGGUAAAUCUGAGUAUUCUGAUUGGAUCUUAAUUGGUUGAGAUUUUGCCAUAUGGACCAUUUCUUCAAAACAGUUAUAAGCCAUGUAUUUUUAUUUGCAAAGGCAUUAAACUCAAAAUAAAAAAGUUUGGUCCAAGUUCUGUAUAAUAAAUUACCUACAGUACUGACCUUGCUUGCUUGCUUGAGCCAUACUGGUCAACAUUGUUCCCUGUCAUUUAAGUACAGAAGGAGCUAUGCUCGGUCCAUACCGUCAAUACUGGCCAAUAUACCUCAGUAUGGCCCUUAUGCUCAGUUAGUAUGAAGUUAUUAUCUCUUUUGUAAUUAGAGGCAGUAUUAUUCUCUCAUGGGAAUUCCUGUUAUAUAAACACCUUUCUACAUAUUUUUGCUUUUGUCUGAACCCCAUCAUCAGCUCUCCUGUCCAUCAUUAAAUCCCAUGUUCUUAAGUUUAGACAUUUAGUUUAUCAUGUAACCUUGUGGCUUUCUGCCAUCUAUGAUGGUUAAUGUAAUGACACAUGGCCGUUUAAACUGUUAUUGCAGUUUGGCAAUUGGAACAGUGGAGGAGGUCUAUAUGCAAGUAAUUAAAAUUUGACAGAGCCACUUUUGGAUUACAUAAUGUGCACAAUUAUCCCACCAAAAUGUCAGACUUGACCUAUCUGGAAUAGCUAACUAGAUUUUGGUGCUAAAGCUACGAGUCGCUGAAAUUUGAGUGACUACCUUAUUUUAUACCUUGCAAACCAAACUCAAGAAAAAUCUUUAGUGAGGAGGCUAUCCAGGUUCUGAUGAGCUUUAAGCUGAUAUAUUGAAUAAGGUGGCUCUGUUAUGGCACUUGCAGAUAUUUUAUGUCUCAGUCUUUUGUUACUUGUACUUUGCUGUUGAUACAGUCAAUUGGAAUUUUUGUGUUGUGCAGCUCUGGGGUAAUUUUGCCUCUAAUUUUUAAGCCAGCCUGCACUGUGCAAUCAGUCAAGCUGAAAUUAUUCACCAAUUUACUCCCAGAAGUCCUAUCACCAUCGCUUAUGUAAUUCCACAAGGGAACUGGGGAGAAGCUACUUAGGAGGGACUCUGAGGAUGAGACAGAUAACAAAAAUAGUAAAAAAAGAAAGAAAGAAAGAAAGAAAACCAAAAAAAGUGAAAUUUUGUAAACCACUUCUUGGGGAACUGUCAUUGAAAGCAAAAAACAAUAUGUCUUGGGAUAAUAAAUUUACACUUUGUCAUUUAUAGAUACUGAGCACACUUCGUCAGCAGUGAUAUCUGUUUAUUAGUUUGAUUCUUCAUCUUUGUACAGGUUCUCUUUGCCGAGCGCAGUUAAAGUCCUGGGAAGCCAGGGAAGUUUCAGAUGUUGAUGGAACAGAGAGAGGAUUUGAAACAUUGAGGGAAGCUCUGAAUUCACUUGAGAAAGUUGAAGAUCAAAGUAGUGAAUCCUUUAUGCUCACCAAGGGGCUUUACUUGCAAGCUGAAGGUGAAAUCCUUUGGAGAAACAGAGACUAUAAAAAGGCACUGGCAAGUCUGGAGUUGUCCUUAACUUUCUCUGAACCACUGCUAAAGGAGCAUACUGAUCUUGCAAGGUGCUACAAUGCUAUUGGAAACAGCUUUUUUCACCUGGACCAGCCCAGUAAAGCGCUUGAGUUCUAUGAAAAAGCCUACAAAAUGCAAGAGAAAUUAGGAUCGGAGAAUCACUUUGACAUGCCAAUGUACAAGAAUCAGAUUGGAACUGCGUAUGAAGGCCUUGAAGAUUAUGGAAAGGCGGUUCAAUGGUACAGAGAUGCACUAAUUCUUUUGGAGGAUCUUAAACUUUUAGGUGAUUUGGACGAGGCACUCUUCUCAAGAAAUCUUGCUAAUGCACUCAUGUUUCAAGACAAAUAUAAAGAGGCAAUUGAACCUUCAGAGAGGGCUUACAACAUAAGGAUGAAGCUUCUCGGAAAUCACCCACAGACUGUGCGCAGCAUUUUUCAACGAGGGGUCCUUCAGGCCAAUCUUAAACACCGAAACGAAGCUUUGAAGCUGUUUCUUGAAGCAUGGGAGAUGGAAAAGUCACUUGAUGCAGGAAACCAUAGUGAAGUGUGGCGAAAGAUUAUCACAGGUGUGGAAGAUAUGUGUGAUUGGACACUCAGUUUUCUACAGAAGAGGUCAUUUAGGAUUGAGGCUUUCAAGUUUUGUCAACGUUUCUGGGAAGAACAGAAAGCUUCUCAACAAUUCACUUUCAAUAUGUUUAACAAAGGCAUCGUUGAUGCUCUGAAUGAUCUUGCUCAUGACAAGAAAGACAAAGCUGUAGUACAAAAGGAACAGUUUUGGUUCUACGAGGCGAGUUGCAAUGCUAACGAGAGAGAGUUUCAAGAGGACUUUGAUUUGGAAACUGAUAAUAAUGCUCUCUGUGUCAUGCUGAGAAAGAGGGAAAAUCUCUUGGACGAGACAGUGGUGCUCUGUUCUCGACUUAAGGAACGCGAGAAGGUGAGGAAAUACAAAAUGGACAAGGUGGCUUUGUACAAAAUGUGUCUGGUGAGAGCGGAUUUCCUUGGAAACAAAGAGGACAGGUCGGACAAAGCGUCAUUGAAAAUGAAGGUAGAAAAUCUUUACAAAGAGACAGGACAAAAAGGAAUGAUCGUGAAAUUUCGAGAGACAUUGUUGGAUUUGUGGCAAAAGCAGUGGGAAGAAGGAAAAAGUAACGAAAAAACAGAGAAGAUCGGCUUGGAAAGGGAGAGAACAAUUGAGGGAAUUCUCAAUCUGUGCCUGGAACUCAAAAAAGUAAACAUGUACAGACGGUAUGGACAAGAAGCAUUGAGCUUUUAUGAGGAGAUAUGGGAGAUAAAACAUGCUGAGAUGAAGGACCGUGAAAUGAAGAAGUUUCUUCGUAAACUCAAGGAGUUAGCAUCGUCCAUUGAAGAUUACACGAGCGAGAAGUUCUACAAAAUUGCAUUACAGGUAAGAUCACGCUUAUUUAUCAACAAAAGUAAACGUCGAGCCUGUCUGUUAUGCAAGCAGCUUUUUGUAUCAGCUGUUCUCUCUUCACUUUACACACAUGACUUAACUCUUUUACUUCCAAGAUCUAAUUAGUGAUUCUCCUUACUUUCUACCAAACAAUUCUUAUGAUGUUAUUUUGGAUAAUUUGGUUUUGGAUCAACUUGUAAUAUCCUUAUGGAUAUUUUUCUUAAUUCUCACAACUUUUUUGCUUGGUAUUGCAUUGGUAUUGUAAGGAGAACUUCUGUCUUGGUCACUCUUGGGAGGAAAAGGGCUAAGCCCAUCAUUUAAUGUAUGUUUUUGUUCUUUUUUUCUCUGUUUUCUGUUCUGAUUUGAUGCAGUUACACUGGCGACAAAUCCUCAUUGUUGGACACUGAUAUUACAAACAGAUGAGCUUGUACAUUUAUCGGGAUAUUUUAGUAAACAUGAACUUUUUUGAUUGAUGAUUUAUCGCGGCAAACAGGUCCACGAAUUCUCCUUAAAAUUUCAGAUACUUGUAGUUUCUAAGCUUCUGUCUUCAACUGUUGUGUUUUGUUUCCAGGCGCUGAAUGAAACUGGGAAACAUCCAGGAGCCAAAUUAAGGUCAAGAGGUACUAAAAUUAUAGAGAAUUUUGAAUUUUCGUGAACUCGAACAUCCGAAAGAGAAAUAUUAUGACGGUUCAUGCUGUCAAAGAUCCAGACUUCCUUCUUGCCUGGUUUUUAGUUUCCAUGGCUUUACUUAUAGCAUGUUGCCUUCUCCUGACCUUUCUAUCUUCUCCUUAGCCGCACAGACUUUUCCUACACCGAAGGAAGAGGAGAAGGUUAGUGAAGAAGAAGAAUUGGAAAUCGAAAUUGGUUCAGAAGAAGAGAGUGAGGUGGGAGGUGAGGAGCGAGUAGGCACAGAUGAAGAUGUUCAAACUGAGGACAGAACCAUCAUCUUCAAGUAAGUAACAAAAUUUCGUUUUUCAAUAUCUCAUCUUCGAAUAAUUACAGAGAUGAUCGCGGACACGUGCUCUCUGAUUGGUCGAGAAUUCUCCGUAUUUUGCUAUAAUGAACCCGCUGGAAAUUAUUACAAUAGCGAAGAACUGAAUUGAAAAUAGCCGCUUUCUAUCUUUUACUAUGUUUCUGGGGAAGAAAACAAACAAAAAAACCAAUUCAGUUCCUUUGAUACUUGCUCUAGGAACUUGACUCUAAGAAUCAUAUUCCUUAGGCUUCGCGAGUAGUCUAAGUAGUCAAGUAGUCGUCCGAAACUCAACAAAAAGACAGGCUCGUGUAUGUUUUUAUUUUAUUUUGUUCCCAACCGCAAAACGUCAUGCAUCUCACUUUUCUCACUGCCUAUCACGGAAUAAAUAGCGAGUAGCGUAGCCAAUCAGAUUUCAGUAUUUGUGAUAGAACAAAUGUAGAUUCAUGUUAAUGUCGAAGAAUUCGACAUUUUCCCGUCACCCUUCGCGAAGAAUUGUUUAAUGACUGAGCGUCAGUUCAGUUUUGAUUACUUGAAGUCAUUCUUGAUUCUCCCACUGCAUGAUGAAAAGUAUUUUUUUAACGGAAGUCUCAUCAUCUAUUCUAUCAAUCACACUCAGUCACAAGAUUACCAAAAAUUAAUUAUUUAUUAUCUUGAAUCUCACAGAGACACUGUAACAGUACAAGGUGGCCACUGGGACGCGAGGAAGGCAGCAACUCACUUGGUAUUUCCACCUGGUUUUGUUGCUAAAGACACUGCGCUGACUCUUUUCAGAUGGAAACCCUCCCAGCGUUCACCUCCUCUUCAGCCAAAUGAAGCCGUGGUUAGUAAUGUUCUUGAACUAUCGGCAGAAGGCGCUGAAGGUCUUCAGUUCAAAAAACAAGUCACUGUGGGAAUUUCGCACAGCGGACCGGACCUUAGAGGAUAUGAAGUGGUGAUAAAGAACUUGACAGACGCAGAAAGAAAUGAAUGGGAAGAGGCUGAAGAAACAGUCGACUUUCGAUCUGUAUCAGGUAGAGGCUGGCUUUUAUCGUCAAUUUACUACACAUUAGGUCUUAUUUGAAAAUGUCUGCUUGUUGAUUUCUUAACUGGUCUUUUCCAAGGAUUUAUAGUUCAUGUUUUGAUGCUUCUGCAUUGUCAAAAAGCCCUUCACUCAAACAGUAUAAAAAUUGGCUCUCUUAAAAUGGUCCGUAUGGCAUUGAAAUGAACAACAACACUAAACUAAGGUUUUUCCUUUUUUGUUCCGUGUUGUUUUGUUUAUUUUUUAUUUUACUUGAAUUUGAUAUGGACACGAUCCACUUAACAGAUAACUUGCGCAACAAACAUUUCUGAGUUUGAUGACUUAUCAUUCUAACAUUACUUACACAGUACAAAAAGCUUCCAACAAUAACACCAUAAUAUACAUACUAGAGAAGAGUGUCGACCUACCAAGUCACAAAUGAAAAUAAACGAGCCGAAAACGACGAAGUUUCAAGGCGUUAUCAAGUGCAGUGACCCUCAUUUAAACUGGUAGCUUGUUCUAAAUUUUCAUCCUUGACUUAUUUUCAGAUCUGCAGAUGGCUUAUCGCGAUGAUUUUCCUGAUUAUUGCCUUCCUGUUGCUGAGACUAAAAUUACCCAGUGUUCCACAUUUGCAGUGGUUUUCCGUCUCAAGGCCCACAAGUUCACCAUAACCUCGCAACCGUCCACCCUUUCAUUACCAGGCUUCCCAUUGGUCAAAGUGCACUUUCCCUCAAACGCAGUCUCCGCCGCAGAAGAAUUGCACGUGACUGUCACAGUAAGUAUCUGAUUGCGCUAAACAAUUACGGCUAGUUACAUGGUUCUUUGAGUUGGGCAAAAAAUAUUUUUUGUGGUUCUUUGAGUCAAGCAAAAAAAUGUUUUUUAGUUCGUUUUCUUUUUCCAGUUAUUAAAUUGGUUAAGCCCAAAAUUGUUCUUUUUUUCUGUCGCUAUAUAUAAACAGUAGCCUUCAUUUGGCGCGAAAACGUGCACGGAUAUUUGUCCGCGGACAUUAUCUGUUCCGAGAUGCGACCAAGGGCGAAGUUCGAGGAAAACAGUGUGGAAAACUUCUCUUACCACUCAACGCAUGGCAACGUGAAGUCUUAAAUAAAUGAAUAUUUCAUAUGAUUAAUAUUAGUUCUGAAGAGGGGCUAACGCUCGAAAAGUCAGCUCAAGAUCUCUUUAUAGUGGGCAAUUUACAUCAGAAACUCAGUUGAUAAAAACAAAUUAUCUUGUUUUAGAAAUGGAUUUUACGCUGGCCACAAUUUAUUGUUGGCUCGCUUUCUCGUCCAACUGACUGAAUUUUGUUUCUCCAUUGCUUGUAGAUACAAGAAUUUCGCAGCAGAGAGUUAAGAAACAAGGAGAUGUUGGCUGGCCCGAUACUCAGUAUUCUGUGCAGUAGGGAGGUGGAGUUCCAGGAACCAGUCACUGUACAGCUGCCGUUAUCCUUAAGAGACACGCAUCAGGCUGCUGAGUUAUUGGGUAUUCCUGAUCCGUCAUUCGUCCGUGCCCGAGUCUUGCUGCAACCAUCUGAUGGAACAGAACGAGAAUGGACCGAAAUUACAGAUGUUCUUGAUUCCCCCCCUUGGCUGGAGGGGACUGUCAUCAAAUUCAGUGUGAAGCACUUCUCGAGGUAUGCCAAAGUAACUGCUUUCAAAUUUUUAGAUGUUUUAUGAGUGCUUUGCGUCUCUAUUGGAGCAAUAUUUGAAAAACCUCAACUCGGAACAAAAAUAACUGGAAGCAAAACAAAGCGUAGGGAAUCAAGGUAGAUCGGGUUGAAAUUAGCGCGACAAUAUCGGGGAACAUACUGCUGAUGUUUAUUUAAAGCGUGAAUUAUUUUCUUGCGAUACACCCGCAUCCCAAUCUUAUUUGAUUUGCUUUUAAGUAGAUUAAAAGCAUCUUUAGAAAGAAUAUUAGAUUUCAAACAUCAUCUUACCUAUGUAAAUUCGCCUCACUCGUCAAUCGGGGGUCGAAAUUUUGUUCGCACCGUCUACAAAUGAUUCACAUCUUGCGCUUUGUAAAACCACGAGCUCUGCUUUUGCUUCUGUUGUAUUUUGCUUGAUUUUGUCAUCGAUAAUUUUAAUAUUAUUAUUACUAUUAUCAUUAUCAGUAUCGUUAUAUAGUUUUUGAAUGGCAAGGGGAUUAUUUUAUGUUUUAAGCUCAAGCUAGUUGCAGGAGGGAGGUAAUUCUGGUGUUGCUUUUGUUUGGUUGCAGACUUUGGGGCUGGAUAGAUUGGUGCGUUAAACCAGUCUUGUCACAAAUGGUCGAAUUAGCACGUAGCUUUGACACACACAAUGUGCCCCAAGUGGCAGUUUUUACAGCUUGUCUUCCAGCAAAUACCAGCUUAGGUUCUACAAAAAUGCUGCGUGUGAUUUGCAGUUCAAGUAACGCGACACGGAAGCACAUUAAAGACGAGGAGGAAUACUUGUUGGAAGAAGAAAAUGCAUGGGAUUACAUGGCACCUCACGACGUGGCUUAUGUGUUUUUUUCAGGGAGCGUGGUUCAGCCGGCCGAGGUCGCGGAUUUAGAAGACUUUUUUGUCAGGUAACACUUCGGUAGGCAUUUGUCGAUACCUGGAACAUCUAGUUUGAUCUGAAAUAACAAAAUAUUGAUUAACAAGAAAUGUGAAAUUUUUGUGACCAUGAUGGUGGGUGAGUCACCUUCUCUUGAGGUAAUUUGAACUUAGUCGGUACUCGCAAAUUCAUCUGGUCGAGUGGCUGUUUGUCCAUCAGAUGUUAGAAAUUAAAGAUGCAGCAUACAAUGCUAGUCGAGGACCAUAUCAAAAAAUAUUUUCAGACCAAGUCUUAGAAUGAUUGCAGAGUGUUUGGAUAUUUUUGCGUGAAGUUCCAAAAAGUGUUUGUACUUUCGGAGAAGUUUCAUGGAUUAAAUGUGGUUGAUCAUUACUUUUUUAUUAUAAUAAUAUGCAUGAAAAAAUUAAGCGCUCCUGAUUGGCUGAAAACGAGUGCAUCAUCAUGUAACACGAAUGAAGAUUGCAACUAGCGCGUGCACGGUUUCAAAUUUCGUUUGUCGUGUCUCUGUGAUGUUUUUUCAUGUACAUUAUUAUCAAGUAAUAACAUGUUUUAUCUUGUAAUUUGGUGUAAUAGGCACUUGUACAUUUUUCAAAGACUGCAAAUUGCAAUUGCUUUACGGGCUCGUGCAAUUUUGUUGUCUGUACAAAAUUUAAUCGUGGUUAUUAACACCAAAUUGCACUCGAAAUAAUUUUAUUACCCAUACUUAAAAUAGAUUUCAGUUUCACGAGAGAACUUUUCAAAGCCAUGUUUCGGUGUGACUCAUGCCAUCAGCGUUGUAAUGUUUUGACACGUUACAUGCAAAUACGUUAUAAUUUUAAAUCAAAUGGAAUGUUUGAAACUAGAACCGUUACAAUAGUUGAAGUACACAAUAGCAAGCACGAAUGUAAUACUUGAAAAGUAAAUCUAUGUGGACGAAAAAUUACAAUUGCAUCUGAACAUUCAGCUGUGGUUGCAAGCGGCCAAUGUUCUAUGCCUCCUUGUGAAUCUGAAAUUUUUUUCAGUUAUACUACCAUUAUGACGAAGUUGCGCGGAGAAGUGUUAGUUGUAAGAACUGGAUAAUCAAAUGAUUUUUCGCAGCUGCGAUUUGGCAGAGCAAUAUCAAUGCUCGAAUCAUGACGGUCAUGUAACGAAGGUACCGCACUAGCUAUUGCACAGCUUUUAGCCUUUAUUUUUCAAUCAUUGCUCCAAAUGGCCCACAAUUUCAUGACCUACUUCCUUUAGCGAACUUCACUCUAACAAGAACUUAGGAAAAAUUUUGAUAACUUUAGAAGACGAUUAUCCUUAAUCUUCUUUAUACGUUAAGACUUUUUCCUCCAUGCCUUGCAGAUUUGAAAAAGAUGAUUCCUUUAAGAGGAGUUUGAGGGUACGCGUUGUCGACAAAGGAUGGCUAAAAAUUGAGUUCUACAACAGCAGAGAAAAGAAGCCAGAAAAUAAACUGUGCAAUCUAGAAAUGGACCUUCCCCCUCGAAAAAGAGACAUUAAGGUAAAGGUAUCAUUAGGUAAAAAGCAAUACUGCAAAGACGUGGUUUUGACUUCUGUCUCGAAGCAAAAUAAACUGGACUAAGCCAAACGCCGUUUUUCUGACUUUGUUCUGAUGGGCGGGCAGGCUGGGAGCAUAGAACAUCGUUGAAAGCCAACAGCAAUCGUCUGCACAUACCCAGGCUCUUCCCGGAAAAUAUAUAAUGCAUAGCAACCAAAGUCCAUUGAAAAUGAUCGCGAAUGACUUGAAAAAGUGUUUACGACCCUAGUAAGGAACUGGAAUCUGUCAGCUUGUCAGCAUUUAUCACGAGGGGGAAGGGGGGUCACAUCAUUUUCAGGGGUAACGGUGGGGAGAUCAGUCGUCUCCAACAGAGCACAAAGGGGCACUAUGUAAAGGAAAUUGAAUUUAGGUUAACUGCCAAUCACUGGGGAAGGGUGGAGUCAUAUGAAUAUUACAGAGCCUCAUGGGGGGACUAGGUUAAUUUUGUGUUGUGAAACUGCCAAAAGCGUCUGUAUACCCCCUCCUCUCCCUCCCCCUCCCCAUGAUAAAUCGUGCCUAGUCCAUUGAAAAGUACAUGUGUAUUUGGAGUAGAAAAGUUAUUUCCUUCACGCACUGUUGGCGUUUCCCUGCCAGAUAAGGGCGUUCUACGGGAUAAUUACACUCAAUUUUUCUCGCAGAAGACUCCCGUGGAGUUUUUUGGAGUUCCUUUGGAUGAAAACAGCAUCCUUCACGAUGCUCCGUUUCCGGAAAUCCUAGCAGAAUGUCGAGGAGUGUUGGAAGAAAUGAACCUGGGGAAGAUAUGGGGAAGUCAUGUUGAUAAGAACGUCGACGGACAAAAUCGAUAUAGUUUUUACAAAGCCCUGGCGAGCCUACCACCAGAUGACCAACAAAAAUGCUUUGAAAAGAUCGUUGAGUGUUUGCAAAGAAGUGAGGGAACCAAACACAUCGGAGAUCACCUCUUAAAAGGUAGAUUCAGUUUCAUGAGGUGCUUACCACUUCACGUUCCUCAUAACAACAUCACUGAGUUCGCUCUUUUCGUUCCUUCCAACAUGUUACAUUCUUGCAGUUUUCAGUUACUUCGCAGAAAUGCCAAAUGGCAAGAAGAACCCGAGGCAGGCUUUAACUGGAAAAGGGAAAACAUUUACUAAUUACUUCGGCCUCCUACUGGGGAUGGGUACUUUUGAUUUACAAUCAGAUCAUACGACGUAAAGUUAAAAGUUUUUGUUUGUUGCGAAAUUUCAAAGUAAUGACUACACACAGACUAUUUCAUGCAACAUUAUUUUGGAAGAGCAUGUGUUGUUUUUGAACGAAAAUGUGUGAGGUUUGACUAAAACUGUCAACCGGCCCUGGAAAUCGGUCAUAAUCCCUGAAUAUAAUGGACAGAUUUUCAGGUGAGAUCUUGUCGAUGCAAAGGAAAACAUCAGUAAUACAUAAUAUAUAAUUUCACGUUGACAAAGACGCUGCCUUAACCUCGAGUGGGCCAGCAAAACGACACGGUCAGCGUACGACAUAAGGUACCAGACACUAUUAAUCGCCGGGGGAGGGUGGAGGAUUUUUUUGUGGAGGAUCAUAUGGUUUUCCGGGGGAACAGUCGUCGCCAACAGGGUAAAAGGGGGGACUAUAGACAAUUGACUGACAAUUACCUGCCAAUGACGGAAGAUCGUAAAAAUAUUGGAGAGCCUUAGAAGGUAUCAGGUGAAUUGUGUUGUGAAAUUUAUAAUUUUUUUUUCCAGCUAAAGCUUUGAUUCAGAAACCGCCCACUGAAGGUGUGCUUGAUGUGAUAGCUGAGAAAUUGAGGACAGGUCCAUUGUGGAAGAAACUCGCCAGAGAAUUGGAGAUUAAGCAAUGUGUUAUUGCCAAUAUUCAAGAGGAAGAGGAGGAUGGACAGGAGCGCUGCAGGGCAGCACUAGAAACUUGGCUUCAAAACAAAGGAUCUGGUGCUACAAAUAGAGAGUUAAUGUUGUGCUUAACGAACAUGGGGUAUGGUAAUGUGAACUGGCAUAUAAUGAUCGAACUCAACCUUGUUAAAAGAGAUAAUAUACCACCGGAAGAGCGAGAAUGAUCGGUGUUAAAAAAAAUAAUUACGUUAGUAAAGACCUGGUUGAAUAUGAGUGCUCUUUUCCCACAUCACUGUGCGAAAGAAUUUGCCCCAUGAAGGCGUGAUAUCAUUACUGAAUUAAAAGGGAUUUUUCGCAUGAAGGCCGGAAAACACUUUUAAAAAGUUCCUUCAACACCUCGUGGACGUAAGGUUCGCCCGGAAAAAUUUGCUCAGGGCAACUGGAAGAAUUAUUAUCUUUCUAUCUUCCACAGAGUUGUUUCUCUGCAACAAGUCGCACAAGUUUAGAACAAUUUAGAUGUUACAAUAAUCGUAGCCAUAAAUUGAGUUGCCCGAGUCGUUGCCUCUUUUUAGCGGGUUUCAAGUGAACAGACCUAGCUAAAAGAUUAAACAGUUUCUUGUUCGAUAAGAAUGUACAUAUCAGGAAUUUUUAACUUAAUAUCCUUACAUUUGAGGUAACGUUUUACUUACCUCUUAGUAGCCUCGUUUUCUCGGUCUGUACUGUAUUUUUUCG